ACAAUUCCUCCUUUUUCUUCCCAAAAAGGGACUCUCAGUUAUCAUUUACAAACCCAAGAGAGGUAAAAAGAGUCUCUUAGCUCUUCAAAACUUCUCUUGGAAAAAACAAUAAAAAAAUAUCUCAUCUCAUGCAUAAUCAUCAUUUCCCCAUGGCUUUCCCUAUCCUUUUCCUUCUUUUCAUUUGCCUUCCAUUUUCCUCAGCUAAACUCAACGUUAACUAUUACAAGACAACAUGUCCCGACUUUGAAAAAAUCGUGAGAGAAAACAUUUACACCAAACAAAGCUCUAGCCCAGCAACAGCACCCGGCAUCCUCCGUUUGUUUUUCCACGACUGUAUCACCGACGGUUGUGACGCUUCCAUCCUCAUCUCUUCCACUGCCUACAACCCCCAUGCUGAACGUGAUGCUGAACUCAACCUCUCCCUCUCCGGAGACGCAUUCGACGUCAUUGUCAAAAUAAAAAACGCAUUGGAGCUUGCAUGUCCCGGUAUUGUUUCGUGUUCGGACAUAGUUGCACAAUCGACAAGAGACCUUGUUAAGAUGGUUGGUGGUCCAUUUUAUCCUGUUAGGUUGGGAAGAAAAGAUAGUCUUGUAUCAGAGGCUUCAAGAACGGACGCAAGUCUUCCAACAACAAAAAUGACAAUGGAUGAAAUCAUCAAGAAGUUUACCGUAAAGAAUUUCACUAUCAAGGAGAUGGUUGCUUUAACUGGUGCACACACAAUAGGUUUUACUCACUGCAAAGAAUUCAGUGACAGAAUCUUCAAUUAUAGCAAAACUUCUGAGAUCGAUCCCACUCUUCAUCCUAAACUUGCUGCAGGGUUGAGAAAAGUGUGUCAAAAUUACACCAACGACCCUUCCAUGGCUGCUUUCAAUGAUGUGAGGUCACCAGGGAAAUUUGACAAUGCUUUUUUUCAAAAUGUGUUAAAGGGUUUGGGAUUAUUGACUUCUGAUUAUAUUUUGGGUGUUGAUCCAAGAACAAGGCCACUUGUGGAACUGUACGCAAAAGAUGAAAAAGCUUUCUUUCAAGAUUUUGCUAAGGCAAUGGAGAAGCUUUCUGUGCAUGGAGUGAAGACUGGUAAUAAAGGUGAAGUGAGGAGCAGGUGUGAUCAAUUUAACCAUAUUCCUAAUUAGAGGACUAAUCAAUUAUUAACUUUAAAAAAAUGAGUUUUAUUAUAUAUUUAUAUAUGUAUUUAUCUAGAGAGCCAUGGGUAUACAUUGUCCUUAUCCAAAGAAAAUUGAGACAGAUUAAUACCUGUAUUUGAAUACUUAUAUAUAUGUUGGUUUUCUUUUGAUUU